ACUGCCCUUCUCGAUUGUCGAAAAAGGCACCCAGAAUAUCGUCGCUCUUACAGCUCUUCAGACCACAUCAACCCCCUUGGAACGGUUGUCAGAAGCCGUGACAAAAGAUGCAGAUCAAGACAUCGGAUUCCGCGUCGAUCCGUAGCAUUUAUCGGAAAUUUCUGCAGUAUCUCCGUCUGAUUCCGGAUAGCGAGAUCAGGCAUUACUAUUACGAGCGAUGUCGCACGAUAGCUGACGUUGCGACCGAAUGCGCGCACUACAAGCAAAUACCUGGGGUUCCAGAAGCUCCCUCCCGUGACCCAGCUCGAUUACUCUCGAAAUUGCAAAGGGAAUUGACAGCCAUCAAGGAGGUGGCGAAAGGCGAUCAUACGAAAUACCAGAGGAUGAUGGACAUGACCUAUGCUCGAAGAGGCAAGCGGCGCUGGGAUUUCCUUGAUACGAUCUAUCCCCCAUCGCUACAACGCCCACCCCCGGAUCCUUCAUCUAGCCUCUCCCGACGAUCACAGCCUCCCUCACCAUACCCUGCCCACAUUGCAGCACUCAUACCGACGAAAAAGCCCCUAGACAACGAACCUCGGGCGAGCUUGAAGCUGCCUACUCCGAGAAUCAUUGCAAACAGGCUCUGGGAGGAGAGGUCGAUGGAGAUGAGCAAGAUGACGAUCCCCUUGGCCGUUCGGAUAUCAUCAUGGUCAUCGUCUCGUAAUCGUGUCGACAUCGAACCCAGAAAAGGGAAACAACCUCAAGCGGAGAUGAAGCAGAGGCCGCUGAAUCGGGACGAGAUUGCAGCACUCACAGCCGGGUUGACCAAGAACGAAGAAAGGCGGUUGAAGGAUUGGUUCAGGAUAUCAGAUCGGAUGACAGAAAGUCUGGAACGCCUGAAAACCCUUGAGAGCUACCCGCUUCCGGUGCGGAUAUCCCAUCUAAGCAAAUCCUUGAUCCCCAAGGCCGAAUGGUCUGCGCCAGAAGAGGAGCGGGCACGACCUACCUCACGGCCCGAUUCCCUUCAGCUCAGAAUACCCCUCCGGACCAUACGAAGGCUCUAUGAGAGAUUCGUAGGGGAACAACCGGUCUUGAUAGGAACCUACCACGACGCGGCUUCGACCAAGAAUAAACAGCUGGACGGGAAGUUAGAGAAUAUCGGAUCAACGACGAUCCGAUGGCGGUCGGUAGCGAGCAAAAUGGCCGUCCCUAAAAUGUCGGUCAUGAGUCCAGAGGAGGCGGAGUGGGUAAUAUGACCAUAACCAUUUCUGAGGCCAAAGUGCAGAGCGACGCAUGCCGUUUCUAUUUCCAAAGACGCGAAACGAAAGCUCCAUGGCGCAACCUGUGGUUCAAACCUUGAGCAAACGGUCGAGGCAAAGCACACUUUCGGUGAACAACCGGCAGACACGUUAUGGCAGGAU